CAAACUAUUCAUUACUUCACUGCAGCUGGAGUGUCCACACUGCUCUCUCUCUGACUGAUCAUGGACAGCCACCAGUUCAGCCCAAACAGCACUUUCAGCUAUGGAACAAACAUUACAAACAACAAUGAGUUGAGAAUCGUGAUGGUGGGGAAGACUGGGAUUGGGAAGAGCGCUUCUGGAAACACCAUUCUGGGUCGACCGUGCUUUCAGUCCAAAUGCAGCCCCAAAUCCAUGACUGUAAACUGCUCCAAAGUCUCCAGUGAUGUGGAUGGACAGCAGGUUGUUGUCAUUGAUACUCCAGGUCUGUUUGACACCAGAUUUGAGGGACAUAAAACAAUCAAAGAUCUGAGUCAGUGCGUCUGUUACGCUGCUCCUGGACCCCACAUCUUCCUGGUGGUCGUUCCAAUCGGCAGAUUCACAGCAGAAGAAUUACAAUCAGUGCAAAUGAUUCAAAAAAUCUUUGGAGAGGCAGCAGACAGAUACAGCAUGGUUCUGUUUUCCCGUGGAGACGACCUUGAAGGCACCAUUGAAGAUUAUUUGUCUGAAAGCCCAGAGCUGCAGGAUCUGGUGUCCAGAUGUAACGGCCAGUAUCAUGUCUUCAACAACAAGCUGAAAGAUAAGAAACCUCAGGUCACUGAGCUGCUGAAGAAGAUCAGAACCAUUGUUGACAGGAAUGGAGGAAGUCACUACACCAAUGAUAUGUUCCAAGAGGCUGAGAGGAAAAUUGAAGAGGAGAAACAACGAAUCCUGAAGGAGAAAGAAGAGAAAAUACGUAAAGAGAAAGAAGAAGUGGAGAGAAAGAUAAAGGAAAAGUAUGAGAAAGAGAUGGAGGGAAUGUAUAAGCAAAUCCAGGCUGAGAGAGAGAGAGAGAGAAAGGAGAGAGAGGAGGAGAAGAAGAGGGAGAGGGAAGAAAUGAAUGAAGAGAGGAGGAGGGAGAAGGAGGAAAUGAAGGAGGAGAAGAGGAGGGACAGAGAGGAGAUGAAUGAGGAGAGGAAGAGGGAGAUGGAAAGAAUAGAUGAGGAGAGGAGAAGGGAAACUGAGAGGAUGCAUGAGGAAAGACGGAGGGAGAAAGAGGAGAUGUAUGAGCAGAGAAGAAGGGAAAUGGAAAAGAAUGAGGUAGAGAGAAAGGAGAGAGAGAAGCAGUUUGAAGCUCUGAAGGAAAAGCAGGAGAGAGAAAUUCAAGAAGCAAAAUCCAGGCUGCAGUCCCAGCAUGAAUCUAAGGCCAGAGAAGAAGCUGAGGAAAAUAAUCCUCUCUAUUAUUUGGCUAAAGCUGGAGAACACGUGGCUAAUGCUGGAAAACAAGUUAUUAAGAUCGGAAAAGAAGUUUUUAACGCUGGAUGUAGCAUUGUUAAAGCUUUUACCAAAUUGUUUUAAUACUUAAAUAGUGAAAGUUGGAAACUUGCUGCUCAUACAAACAUGACAACGACUGCAGGAAUCUGAAAACAACAAAUUUUAACUGCAAGUUUCUUUACGAAAACAUUUAAGUAUAAAACAUGGAGAACAGAAAACAACAAACUAGAUUCUGUUUCUUUCAUUGUGUUAAUAAAUGUAUUAAAUCUCCAGUCAGAGUAAAACUCCUUCACCACAUCUUCAUAGACUCUGCACCUCUAGAUGGGCCUGAAUCAUUUAGAGCUUAACUGUCUAUAAUAUGAAGCUGCCAGACUUUAAUGCUGUUGGAGAUCUUGAAGACUGCAGGCUGAUCUUCACUUAACGCUGCUUCAAAUGCAGUAAAAAAAAUAUAUAUUUUAAAAAAUGCAUGUCAAGUUAGUUAGUGUUUGCAUAUUAUUUCAAAGUAUUUCAUGUGUCACUUGUUAAGCUUUUAGAAACUGUCUUUUGGAAAUUGUUGCUGUAAAGAUUAGCAUAAAUGGAAAAUGACAGUAAAUAUACAAGAUUCACAAUGAUUUUCACUUCAAUAUUCUUGCACUUUCUGCAACAAUUAUUACUUUGUGAUGAUUGUUUGAACUGAUUUCCAGUGUUUUUUUAAUGUUUCUGUCCUGUUGAGAUAUUUUGUGUCACCUUGUUCUGAAUAUGAAAUCACAAAUAAAGCUUGAUGAAAACAAUAAA